AUGUCUUUGUAUAGCUACCUGGAGAAAACUUAUGGUUCAAAGCCAAAAAAGUCAAAGAGUAAGAAGAAUAAGCAGGAAGAAGGAAGUGGAAGAAAGUCUGAGGUACGUGCUGCUAUUAAGGUUGUUGAUAGAUCAGAAGGUAUUAGAAGCCAGACUGCUUUAAAAGGUGCUACUUUGAGUGAGCAAAGUUCAAAUGCUGUACCGAAAUCUUUAUGGAAAAAUCUUGAGACUAAUGAAGUAACAACCAUAGAAAAUAUACAAAAGCCUUUGAAAUCUGGUCUAAACGGUGAAACGUUAAGUUCUGGAGCUUUAGCUGGUCUACAGACUGCAGAGAUGGUUAAGAGGCAAGUAAAAGAAAAAGAUAUGGAAAAACGACAGAAUAUUUCUAGUAUGUCCAAUAAAGAAGUGAUCUAUAGAGACUUAAGUGGUAGAAAAAUAAAAAAUAUUGACCUUAAAUUGAAGGUAGAUGAAAACGAAAAGAAUAAUAAACAACUUUUGGACAUGCAAAAGUUAAUAGACAUGAAUAAAGGGGAUGUUCAAUUGUCAAUGGCUAAAAAAUCAAUGACUCUUGAACAACUAACUUCAAAAUCAAAGCAACUUGAAAUACUGCAAGAAGAUCCAGCUCAACAAUUUGGAUUCUCUAAAGAUCAAGAUAUUUUAGAUACUUACAAUAACACCUCAAUAACUGGUUAUAAACUGUAUACCAAAAUAUUUCCUGAUAAUAGGUUUGGCAUCCAACCAGGUUAUAGGUGGGACGGUGUUGAUAGGUCGAAUGGUUUCGAAAAGAGAUGGUUCAAAAAGAAAAAUGAAUUAGAAGAACAAAAGAUACAAAAAUAUACAAUGUCUGAUGAUAUGUAA